CAGCGUGGCGCCGACGCUGCGUGCGGCGCGGGUUACCCAGAGUGCUCAGCGCUGGGGCAGCUCACUGGAGUUUGGUUCUCGAGGCGGCGGUGUUGGCGGCGGCUCCUCCGUCGGCUCCUCCUCCUCCUCCUUGCUCGGCGGCGGCGGUGGCGGCGGCGGCGGUGGUCCGGGGCCUGAGCUCCGGUCCCCUCCGCUUCCCUCCGUCUUCCGCCAUCUCCCCUAGCGCCCCGACCUCCUCCGGCGCCGCGGGGAACAUGCGGCUCCGUUCUCGGAGGCCGGCGAGUGACUGACCCGCGUCCCCCCGCCUCAGCCUGCCCGCCCGCCGGCCCGGCCGCUCCCCCCCGCUUGGCUCAGGCAAUGACAGCGGCUCCGGCGUCUCCGCAGCAGAUGAGGGACCGGCUGCUGCAGGCCAUCGACUCCCAGAGCAACAUCCGGAACAUGGUUGCAGUAUUGGAAGUGAUCUCCAGUCUGGAGAGAUACCCCAUCACCAAAGAGGCACUAGAGGAGACACGACUGGGGAAGCUAAUCAAUGAUGUCCGCAAGAAAACUAAGAAUGAGGAGCUGGCCAAGCGGGCCAAGAGGCUUCUGCGGAGCUGGCAGAAGCUCAUUGAGCCUGUACACCAGAAUGAGGUGGCACUACGGGCACUGGCAGGAGCUGCAGGCUCUGCCAACGGGGGCGCACACAACUGCCGGCCGGAGGUGGGAGUGGCCAGCACACCCAAGAGCAUCCACGACCUGAAGAAUCGCAACGACAUCCAGAGGCUCCCUGGGCAGCGACUAGACAGACUGGGUAGCCGUAAGCGCAGGGGGGACCAGCGUGAUCUGGGCCACCCGGGGCCACCCUACAAAGUUUCCAAAUCUAGUCCUGACCCACUAGUCCCCAAUGCAUCCCCUCUUCCCACUAACGGGAUCAGUGGGAGCCCAGAGAGCUUACCCAGCCCUCUGGAUGGUAGUGGGCACAUGGGCUCUGAUGGCAGCCGCCUGGAGCCCAGCGAGAACGAGAAGCACAGCACCAAGAUCCCUGUGAAUGCCGUGCGGCCGCGCCCCAGCUCCCCUGGCCUGGGCAAGCCCCCCAUGCCCUGCCUGCAAACCAAGACUGCGCAGUUGCAGCAUCUGGACAGGGCGGAUGAGCCGCCAGGCCCUCCCCAUCCCAGGGGGGCCUCUCGUUGCUCCUUCAGCCCCCGGAACUCACGGCACGAAGGCUCCUUUUCCCGGCAGCGGAGCUCGUACACAACGAAGGGCCCCAUGUCCAGCCCCUCCUCACGUCCCCAACCACUGGACACCAUACAGGUGCCCUCCCCACUCCCACUGGCCCAGCCAUCCACACCCCCUGUGCGGCGGAUGGAGCUGCUGUCCAGCGCUGAGAGCCCUGUACACUGGCCAGAGCAGCCCGAGGGCCACCCGCGGCUAACAGGGCCAUCCUGCAGGGUUGGGUUGUCGCCAGACUCCUCCAAGGCGGACAGUGAUGCUGCCUCUUCGGGUGGCUCGGACAGCAAAAAGAAAAAGAGGUACCGACCUCGAGACUACACGGUGAACUUAGAUGGGCAGGUGCCUGAGGCAGGCGUCAAACCUGUGCGGUUAAAAGAGCGGAAGCUCACCUUUGACCCCAUGACGAGACAGAUCAAACCUCUGACCCAGAAAGAGCCGGUGCGGGCUGACAGCCCCGUACCCACAGAGCAGCCACCUAGGACAGAACUGGACCAGCAGGAGGCCAAAGCCAGUCUCCAGAGUCCUUUUGAGCAGACGAACUGGAAGGAGCUGUCACGCAACGAGAUCAUCCAGUCCUACUUGAGCCACCAGAGCAGCUUGUUGUCAUCGUCUGGUGCGCAGACCCCAGGCGCGCACCACUUUAUGGCCGAGUACCUGAAGCAGGAGGAGAGCAGUCGGCGAGGAGCCCGCCAGCCCCAUGUGCUGCUGCCGCUGCCCAUGCCUACUGACCUCCCGGGGCUCACUCGGGAAGUCAUGCAGGACGAUCUGGACAGAAUCCAGGCCCAACAGUGGCCAGGGGUAAACGGGUGUGAGGACACACAGGGUAAUUGGUAUGACUGGACGCAGUGCAUAUCGCUCGACCCACAUGGCGACGAUGGGCGCUUGAACAUUCUGCCUUAUGUCUGCUUGGACUGAGCACUUGGCCUGGUCAUCAAGUGCAUUCUCACCUUGCAGGGGCUAGGCUGGCCAGCCGGGAGGUCGGGCAUGAGGCUCGCUCUCCACCCUCCUUUUGUGAAAUGCUGCUAUCAGUUUACUAACGAUUGCAAAGGAAGGGCCGCUCAGAGGGCAGACGGCAGAGGGAGUUCAGAACUCUAUAGCAAGCCAGCUAUAAAGCGUUAGUCCCCCACCCCAGAAGAGGUGCAAAGUACCGAAGGUGGGGACCUCAGUGGCAGGCAGGCACAGGAACCCUGUGGGAGAGGUUACCUUAAUAGCAACAGACGCACAUCUCAUCUCUGCAUCUCCUGCUCUUUGGCUCUGGUGUCUCUGAGGUACAGGCCACUUCUCUGGCCUCUGUCUAGCCAGUGUUUUCUUUCCUUCGUGUUGUGCGCUAGAAGCUUCUCUGCUGUGGUAAGCCCUGGCAUUGGGCGGGUGGGCCAGCUUCACCCACACUGCACAGAUGCCCACCCAUUUGUAUAUGGUUUCAGUUCAACCCCAGUUCUUAAAGAAAUGCUGCAGAAACUUCAAUUUUCUCAUUUAUUUCAUCCUCUUUUCCACCUGACCACCAGCCAAAUGACUUUUCCUUUCUUCUCUUUUCCUCUUCACAUCUCUAGAAAUGCCAUCUUUCUAGAGCCCUCAACCCACAAAGUUCCCGAGGGUGCUACUGGCAUGAGUUGCCCUGCUGUUGCCCUGCUGGGCGAGGGGAGAGCCGUCUGUUCGCUGGAAACACUCAUAACCAUUCCUUUAGAUUCGUUUGCCUUAUGGUUGUCAUAAACGCGAUUUGCAAAAACAAAGAGCCUUAGUGAAUGUACAGUACCUAGACUUCUGCGUCUGCGCAGAAGGGAGCAACUUUGCUAUUUGGUCCAGUAAGUGGACACCUUGUGAUAUAAAUGUGGAAAUAAAAAAAAAAACAUUUGCACAAACCA